AUGGGUAAAGUUCGCAAUGAUUCAGGAUCAGACGAUGAUACUGCAACCGAGAAAACUUUUACAAAAGGUCCUUGGACACAAGCAGAAGACAACCUUUUGAUAGCUUAUGUUGAUAAACAUGGUGAUGGCAACUGGAACGCUGUUCAAAAACACUCUGGCCUUUCUCGCUGUGGUAAAAGUUGUCGCCUUCGUUGGGUUAAUCAUUUGAGACCGGAUUUGAAAAAAGGCGCUUUUACUGAGAAAGAAGAGCAGCGUGUUAUCGAACUUCAUGCUUUAUUGGGAAACAAAUGGGCAAGAAUGGCUGGUGAACUGCCUGGGAGAACAGACAAUGAGAUAAAGAACUUUNGAAAAAUGCAUGUCAUCUAUGAGAACGAACAAUUAACGUAA